UCAGGCGUCCAGGUUGACAUCCCCAGACUGCUACAUACUCGAGAUGCUCGUCAUGCCGGAGGAGCUAUUCUCUCCCUCGCUCUUGCAUUUCAAGCAAGAGCGUCGACCUAGCUAGUCACAGAGGCUUGAUCACCUGAAGCCUAUUCGUUUGCAACAAAAUACAUCGUCCAGCAAUGUCGACUACAUACUCAUCUGUGAAGCCAAACUACCCUGGUCCACGGGAUUUGUCUGAAACCAAACGUCUCAAAGCUCAGAGUGAUCUGGUGACAGCGGCAUUUGAUGGACUUGUCUUGUGCCCAGUCGACUUGACUGCUUCUGACCUACGCGUCCUGGACUCGGGAACCGCUGAUGGAUUGUUCCUGACGCAACUUCGCUCCAUGCUGGCUCAUCCGGAUUCGGCCACCUUGAUCGGCACGGACAUUGCGCCAUUCGAGGAGAAUGUGGACAAGCCAGACUAUAUUGAGUGGCACAAGCAGGACAUCAACGCCGACUGGCCAGAGGCAUGGCAGGGCACCUUCGAUUUCGUCCACCAGCGCGCCGUCAUCUCUAACACGGGUGACUGGGAUGGCGCGGUCAAGGCCAUAACCAGACUUGCUAGACUUGCUAAACCGGGCGGCUAUAUUCAGCUGGUUGAUAGCGCUCUGCCAAUCCAAGAGAUUGAGGAGGGCGACCCGCCAUUUCUCAAACUAAUGAAUACACUGGGCAAGUUUCUCGGCAGUUUUGGUCUUAAUACCCAUGCUGGUGAUAAAUUGGACAAAUUGUUGAGCGCAACGGGCGAGGUGGUCGAAAUUGGCCACAAGGAAGCUGCUGUCCGGCUAGGGGUGAGCGCGAAGGAUGAGGGGACGAGACAAGCCGGAAGGGUCUGGCUCAGUGGCAUGAGACAGGCAGUCGGAAAUGGACUGGCCAAGAUGGGCGAUUCUGCUACCAUGAGCCCGACCGCCUGGAAUGACCUUGUGACUGAGGUCGAAGAUCAAUCAGACACAACCGGAGUCGAAUUCAAGUGGUGGGCCGCCUGGGGCAAGCGCACGAGCUCGGCAUAGAGUGCAUCAAUCUCUCUGUUGGCUGGCCAUCGUUACCGGCACAUACGGAGUAUGAUUGAUACACAUCACCUGCUCUCUUCACAGACGGUGCGGGUCGAUUCGCGGUAGCUCCCACGGGAGGAGGAAGGGCAGCAACGAUGGCAGUUGGUAGUACACCAGCCAGAGUCAGAAGCUCCCUUAUCCAUGUGCUGCAUUGGGAGCUCGAAACGCAUGAAGAUGAAGAUGAGUACUACUUCAUUCGGAUUGAAAUCCAGAGAAUAUGCGACAGCGAGCUGCAUUAACUUUGUUACUUUGAUCCUGUCUAGACGUCACCUCAAGGAACGCAACUCAAUCAAACAACCCUUAACGAAUAGUCCGGAGCCUUUCGCAC